AUCUUCGAUAGUGAAUGGAAAUCGGGCCGUCUUUUUUCUUGGUGAAUUGAAGCCCACUUUUACUCUUUUUAAUUCUACAUUCACAUUUAAUUAUUCCUCCCUUUCACUUCGAGAAAGACAAGAAAGAAGUCAAAAUGGCUGGUCUUGGUGAAGGAAGCGAAAAGAAGCGAAAGCUGCACGACGGUCCCGAGCUCGAGAUCGACGUUUCUGCACCAGAACCCCCAUCGAAGAAAGCUUUGCGAAAGGCCAAAAAGAAGGGAAAUGAGCCUACAAGCGAGGGCGCUGCGGAAUCAAAAACUCAGACCACAGAUCAGGAGGCUUCUACAAAGCAGCAGCGCUCUGAUUACGGUAUCUGGAUUGGAAACCUGGGUUUCAACGUCAGCAAAGAUGAUUUGCGCCAAUUCUUGACAAGCAAUUGCUCCUUUGCAGAGACCAGCAUCACACGUAUCAAUAUGCCGAAAGGAGCGGAGAGGUUUGGUAGGGUCCAAAACAAAGGAUUUGCCUAUGUCGAUUUUUCCAGCGCCAAAGCUCUUAACGAAGCAUUGGGCCUGAGUGAGCAGCUCUUUUCGGGCCGCCGCGUGCUGAUUAAGAACUCGAAGAGCUUCGAGGGCCGGCCAGAAAAGUCCCAGGAUGAACAGAAAACCGGCUCCGCCUCGGGUCAUGCACCUUCGAGACGUAUAUUUGUCGGUAACCUCGGCUUUGACGCAACGAAAGAGGUUAUCGAAGAACACUUUGGGCAGUGUGGAACGGUGGCACAUGUACAUGUGGCCACUUUCCAAGACAGUGGAAAAUGCAAGGGCUAUGGUUGGGUGGAGUUCGAGGAGCUUCCAGCAGCUGAAGCAGCGGUGAAGGGGUAUGUUUUUGUCCCAGAGGACGAUGAAGAGGAGGAAGAAGAAGAGGAGGAUGAAGGGGAAGACGCGGAUUCUGGAAAGCGGAAGCCUGUGAAAGCAAAGAAACCGAGACAAAGAAAGAUCUGGGUGAACAACCUGUUGGGUCGGCGCAUGCGAAUGGAAUUUGCGGAAGAUGCAACAACCCGUUACAAGAAGCGUUUCGGUAAAGAAGGGGAAGGCAAGAGGCAAGAUGGUGCAGACAUCGCCGAAGUCGAUAACUAUCAGGAUGCAACCAGGGAGCAGACUGCACGGUCACGACCAGAAAGGGCCAGGCGACAAAAGCCCGAAUACACUCGAUACGACCAGGAAACCGUGCAGAAGCUCAGUGGUGCCAUUGUUGAAUCGCAAGGCAAGAAGACCACUUUUGACUAAGAGGCCUAAGGUUUCGUGGUGUCCCAGCAAAGAAUGGUCGGGGGUACCUGGGUCCUCCCCUAAAUACUUGUUAGAGUGAAAACCUGAUGCUUGGCCUGUCUUUUAUCGUUGGGAAGUGAUGUUGAAAGCCUGCAUGGCAAUGAUCUACGGAUAUAGAUUGCCCGAUGACUGGCAACUGAACCCGAAGGCUAUACGCUUACCCUUGGUUCGCAGAUACCCAAAAGUUACUACCUUAUUAAACAUAUCUAUGAUAUUUGUCACUGGAUACUAUUUUGUCUUACGAAAGACUAGCAAGCCCAACUAGCCCUUCAAGUUUAAAUUGUAAAUGACGGGAAAAAAGAGGCGAAAAAAAAAAAAA